CGCACUUUUGCACUCACAGAAGAACCUGAGAGGAACCUGGACGCAGGCAGCAUGGGUGUCUGGAACUCAGGCGCUGCUGUCUUCCUAAGUCUUUGGGGGAUGUAUGUGUCUCCCAGAAGCCCUGGCUGGACGGCCUUUAUCCAACACUGCGGAGUCUGCUGUUUUGUGGCUUUCAUUUCAGUGGGGCUUCUCUCUGUGGCCUCCUCCUGGCUUCUGUCCUCACUCACAGUCUUCAGCACCUCCUGGGUGAUCACCGGCGCUCUGCUCUGCUGCUCCAAGCACGCGCGAUGUUUCAUUCUUCUCUUCUUCCUCUCUUGUGGCCUGCGGGAAGGCAAGAGCGCCUUGAUGGCCGCCGGCACGGGGAUAGUAAUCUUUGGACACGUGGAAAAUAUUUUUCACAACUUCAAAGGUCUCCUGGAUGGUAUGACUUGCAACCUAAGGGCAAAGAGCUUUUCCAUACAUUUUCCACUUUUGCAAAGAUAUAUUGAAGCAAUUCGGUGGAUGUAUGGCCUUGCCACUCACCUGAAUCUAUUUGAUGACCUUAUUUCUUGGAACCAGACUCUAGCGGUCUCUCUCUUCAGUCCCACUCAAGCCCUGGAGGCACAGUUAAAUGACACCAAAGGCCAAGCCCUGGGCGUCUUGUACCAGAUGGUGACGGCGACGGAGGCAUUGUCCUUGCUGGGUCGGCAGCUGCUUGCCCUUACAGGGCUUCUCCUGGUGCUUUUUGGCACCGGCCUCUUCAUGAAGCGAUUUUUGGACCCCAGCAGUUGGAAGUUUGAAAACAUCUUCAUCACCAAACAAUUUGUUCAUUUCGAUGAAAGAGAGAGGCAUCUACAGAGGCCCGGCGUCCUCCCGCUGAAUAAGGAGGAAAGGAAGAAAUACGUCACCAUCCCGUCUUUCUGGUUGUCUCCGAAAGAAAGGAGAAACCUGGGGCUGUUUUUCCUCCCCAUACUCAUCCACCUCUACAUCUGGGUGCUGUUCGCAGCCAUCGAUUAUCUGCUGUAUCGGCUCAUUCUCUCAGUGAGCGACCGUUUCCGAAGCUUGCCCAGGCUUGAGGUUCACUUGAAACAGCACAGAGAGGAGCAAGGAACUCAAGACAUCAUCUAUGAUUGUUCCUUUCCUAUAUCUCUGUUCGAAACCACCUGCAUCCCUGAACCAAAGCUCCUUCUGUCUAAGACCUGGAUUCCUCUCAGCAUCAUUCUUGUGAUUCUAGUGGUACUGGGCUUGCUGUCUUCCAUCUUGACGCAACUCAAAAUCCUGGUGUUGGCCUCCUUCUACCCCAGCGUGCAGGCCGCCCGCAUCCGUUAUCUGCAUGGGAAGCUACUGAAGAAAAGAUCAAAGCAGGCAGUGGGAGGAGGAAGCAGUCAACAGCGUCCCUACUUCACUAAGAUUCACUUCUGGUUUCCAGUCCUGAAAAUGAUUAGGAAGAAACGAACAGACCUAGCAGUUGAAGGCACUCCGUGAGAGACUCCGAGGAGCUCCACGGCCAUACGGCUGUGUCCGUUCUCCUGGGCUCUGCCCCCGAAGGUCCCCAUGCCCCAUGCCCCACAGCAGAGAACUGCGCUCUGUGCACCUGCUGGGGUUUGUGCCAAAGCCAAGCCACUUUUCUUCAUAAGGUCAAAGGGCUACCAGGUAAAUGGCAUUGUCAUCUGUCUUCCAAACAAGGCACAGGAUCCGGACUGUGUCAUAGUGUAGUAGAGAAGUCUCAGCAUAGAGUAAUAUUCAAGGGGAAAAAAAAGAACAAAAAUUAGGAAAAAAUCAAAAUCACUACGGCAGGCUUAUAAGCAAAUGUCAAGGAGAAUAUACACGUUUAAUGCCAGGAAAAUAUCUUUAAACUCUUCUGUCCUUUCCCUGCCCUUUGAAAUACCAUUCACAGCAAUUCCCUACCCCCAGCACUGUCUGCUCUCCCCCUGUCCUUAUUCAAACAACAAAGACUUUUUCUGAAACCCUUAUCUAGCAGCUCCUAAUUUCUCUUCACCACCACCUCUGGUCAAGCCUCUUCUUUCCUGGAGCACUUCUAUCCAACCCUCUUAUCAGAUAUUUAGAACAAUAAAUAUCCAAACCACA